AUAAAGGCAGAGAGAGGGGCUGUAUUGCUGCUGAGUGUUUUAAGGAGAAUAAAUCAGAUGUAACUAAAAUGCAAAGGCCAAUUGAGCUGGUAACAGAGGAGCCUAAGGAAAAUGUUGGAAAAAAUAAAAUAACUGAUUUGGGUGCUUUAGACCAACCGUUCCCGUUGGGGAGUAAGAGGGAGGAAGGAAAGCAUCUUGGUAUGGCUGACACAAUCAGCAAAACAGAAGAGGUAAAUCUGACCGAUAAAGGCAAAGAGGCUGGAAUUACUUCUGCAGGUGAAUCAGUUGUGAUAAAUUCUGAUGCAACACUGGUGGCAGACAAACCUAGGAAGAGGUGUAGUGACGGGAAAAGAAAAAAACCUGAAAAAAAUCCUUUGGGGCAAGCAGCUGUCCUGGAUGCUGGGGUGGAAACAAGCAGUCUUCCAAGCAAAGAGAAGGUGGCUGGAAGCACAAAAGAAAUUACCUUUGAUAAAGACAAGGUGUCUGGUUUUGAAAGAGAGCUUUUGCUGGAGAAUCUGACAGGUAUAACCAAAGAGGUGCUGGAAAAGCCUGAAACACGGGGUGGCAAUAGAAGAAGUUUCUCUAAUCAGCCAGUUCUUUCAGGUCAUAAAAUAGAGACAUCAGAGCCAGAAAUACUCAACACUAAAGAAACUUGGCCCAUGAAUAAAGGUAAGGAACUGGAUACAUCCGAGCCUCCUCCGGAGCACAGGACAGAUGCAGCUGUGGCACACAGUCCAACCAAGGAACUGGUGGUGGACAAGCCUAAGAAAAAAAGUAGAGAUGUGAAAGGCAAAAAGGCCGAAAAUAGUCUUGUGCACUCUGUUGUACUGGGACCAGGUAACAUCCCUGCAGUAGGUGAAGAGGUGGGAGAUAUUAAACAAACUCAGCCUUUUGAUAAAGGCAAAGAGACUAAUUCCAGUACUUUAGCGAGUCUGCUAGAUGACCCAACCGAUACUACUAAAGUACAAGCUCCUGCUAUACCUCUGGAGCCAGAAGAAUCACACACAAGCAGUAAAGAGAAAUGCAAAAAGAUGGAGGCUAACUUGCAGCAACCGUUUCUUCCGGAGCAUAAAGCAGGUGCAGAGAUGUUUCCUCCUCAUGACAUGGAGAUAACUGACAAGUCUGAAGCAGAAAGUCCCAGUCCUUGCAGCAGGGGGGGUGGACUUCCUAUCCUAGAGCAUCCAGCAGUGGCAGAUCGCACUCUGGCCACAGUUACUGAUAGAUCUAAAAAGAGGGAUUAUGAUGGAAGUAGAAAAAAGGCUAAAAAUGCCUCUGAGCAGCCUGUUUUUCUAGAGACAAAACCAAACAGGAGUGAAGUGCAGCCUCCCAUGGGAUCUGAGAUGGAAUAUGGAAUGGAAGGCAUGGAUUUUGUAGAUGAAAACAGAAAUAUUAAGAACUUUCCCGUUGGCCCUCAAAUGCUUUGGAAUAAUAAAGGAAGUGACUUCGAAUCCUUUGCUCAGACUGCAGUAACUGGCCGUGGUAACACUGGCAAUGUUUCUUCUGGCUUCCCAAAGCAGACAGAUGAGGGUGCAAGAAGUAAGGGGCUUACUCCUCCUGAAGCAGUAGGAGAGAAAAGCAGCAAAGAGCCUGGAUUUGGUGCUAAGAAGGAGAUAGAGACACAGAAAUCUUACGAGCAACCGAUCAAUCUGGGACACAAAGAGCAUGGAAAAGAGGUUUCAAAGAAAGAUGGUAAAACCAAAGAGGCUGGUUCCGAGCAUGGCAGUGAGGCAGGUAAACCACUUUCUUUGGAUCAUUCAGUUAAACAGGACAUUACAUCAAAGAAAGACGAAGUUCACCUUUCUCCUGUGGCAAAGGUGGAUAAUAAAGACAUAAGAACCACUGAUAAAAAGCACAACACUGACAGCACUUCCUCAGACCUUCCUCAGAAGGUGGCAGAUUCAAAAAAUAGACCAGCUCCUGUAGAUGCCAAAGGGACAGAGAAACUAGAAGCAACUGUCUCUUCUGGAGAGAAGGACACUGGGUGCAUUUUCCCAGAACUUCCAGCAAUACCAGAGAGCAAAGCAGAAGCAGCUGUGUCGCAGGUUGUGGCAGAAGCAUUGAUGGAGAAUAAAGCUGAAGAGGCUGAGCUGGAUGGAGGCAAGAAGAGUGAGCAGAGCUCACUGAAGUGCCCAGGCAGUUUGGACAAUAAAGCAGCUGAAGCAGAGGCUGCUGGUUUAAAUCUGACAGCUGCCCAAACAACCAAAAUAAGUACUGAAGAUAACAAUAAAGGUCAUUCUCGGCCUGCAGAAGACGAUGCUGCUCACGGUGGGGAAGCUCCCCUGAAGGAUGCUCCGGCAUUGAAGUCUGAAGUAGAUAAACCUCAAGACACAACUAAAGAAAAAGAAGAAGAAUGUGAACAAAGAGCUGUGAAGGAGGCAAAGAAAGAGAGAGUUAAAGCAGCAGAACAGGUGAAAGGCUACAUGAGACCCACAAAGUCAAGAGGGGUGCCAACUCUGCCAGCCAGGUCUGCUGCUCCAGACAGAGAGAAACAAAGGCAGCUGAAACCCACUGGUAUGAGCCGGCAGAGGCAAGAAAAAGCAAAACCAGAAGAGACCAAACCAGCUGAAGCUGUGACAGGGAAUGAUAUCACAGCACCUCCCAACAAAGAGCUUCCUCCCAGCCCUGAGAAGAAGGCAAAGCCUGCUGCAUCCACAUCAUCUACAAAGCCUGCAGCAACGAAAGCCAGGCCCCUGUCCGCUACCAGCCCCAAGCGGCCAGCCUCUGCCACACCUGGCCCAAACAAAAAACCCACGAGCCCUACUGCAGGUCCUACUUCAGCCACUACUACUAAACGCCCAGCCACCAGUACUACACGUCCCUCCACCUUAACUCCAAAAGAGACUAAACCAAAGGUUGCAGAUGCGAAGACCACAGAUAAGCGGACCUCACUUUCAAAGGCUCCAUCACCUGCCACUGCUAAAACUACUGUCAGGAGCAGCCCUGCUACUCCUAGGACAACGGCGGCAUCGCCAGUCACUGCAGCUGCUGGUGCGAAAAAUACUGCUACUUCUCCACCGAAGAGGCCAACAUCUAUCAAGACCGAUGCAAAGCCUGCAGAUGCCAAGAAGACCUCUGCAAAGUCACCAUCAGCAGACUUGAGCCGCCCUAAGAGUGCUACUGGAAAUGCAGUAAAAAGUAGUGCUACCACUCCUUCUACCACCGCCUCCAGUGCGCCUACUGUACCUGGAGUAGCCACCAGUCGUCCCAAACCCAAGCCUGCUGCAACCAAACCCACCGCAACCUCAACCACAACAGCAGAUGCUAAAAAAACAACUGCUAAGACUCCGACUAAACCCAGCACUGUUUCCAAGCCACCUCGCCCGACCAGCAGCGUUUCUGCUCCAGAUCUGAAAAAUGUACGUUCCAAAAUUGGAUCAACAGAUAAUAUUAAACAUCAGCCUGGUGGAGGAAAGGGGAAAAUAGAGAAAAAGCCAGAAUCAGCUGCUGCUGCACGAAAGUCUGAACCUAAUGCGGUCUCUAAAAUGGCUACUACUAAAACAACUGUAUCAAAAGAGGGUGCCCCAAAACAACCCAAUGGGAAAGUCCAGAUAGUCUCCAAAAAAGCGAACUACAGCCAUGUUCAGUCCAAGUGUGGUUCCAAGGACAAUAUUAAGCAUGUCCCUGGAGGUGGGAAUGUGCAGAUCCAGAACAAGAAAGUUGACCUUUCCAAAGUGUCCUCGAAGUGUGGCUCUAAAGCAAAUAUCAAGCAUAAGCCAGGGGGAGGAGAUGUCAAAAUUGAGAACCAGAAGCUGAACUUCAAGGAGAAGGCCCAAGCCAAAGUGGGUUCUCUGGACAACGUGGGACACUUGCCCACGGGAGGAACCGUGAAGGCUGAGGGGAGCGUGGAGCCAGGGCAGCUCCCGCCAGCCCCUCAGAACGGAGAGGUGACAGCGGCCCAGGCAGGCAGUGAGAUGCGGGAGAAUGGCGUAGGGCCGGCAGUGCCCACUGCCCUGAGCGGUGGUGACCAAAGGGAAAUUCAGAGCUUCGAGACUCAGAUACAAGAAACAAAUUGAAUCUCACAAGCUGACGUUCCGUGAGAAGGCCAAGGCUCGAACAGACCACGGAGCGGAAAUCGUCGUCUCCAAACCCCCCAACCUUUCCAGCAGCACUUCCCCCUGGCGUAGCACAUCCGUCAGCGAGAGCCUGGGCUCAGUCGCCUCCUUGUCACCGCUGCAACAGCCAGCUCCCCUUGCAGCGCUUUCUCAGCAAGGCUUGUGACCCCUCCCAGCCCCGUCUCCCACGUGCUCCCCAGAGUAACGCAGCUUGGCUCUCUUAACCCGGUGUCUGGCUUUAGAUGGGAAGGGGACAGCGUUUAGCAGGGCUAGCGUCCCUUUCGGCCGCGCUGACUCCUCGAAGCAUCCUGGAGGCUCGCCCCUGCCCGAGCGUGCCGGGCUCUGGUGGUCCCUUCUUGGCUGGAAAGGGCUUCCUUCCCUCUCCACGCCUCGUCCCUUUUGCUUUUAGGGGGAUACUAGAGUGGGCGUUAGUGUCAUGUGUCGAGGACGGGCAUCUAGUGACUUCCAGGCUGUGCCUUGCUGUCCCGAGCAGUGGGGAGACGCACAGCAAGCCUGGGCGGCGGGUGGCUGGGUGGGAGCACGCCGAUGCUGCUGGUGGCUGAAGCCAGGCCAGAGUUAAUAGGGAUAAGCUGUGAUCUUUCUUUCUGUCUUUUUUUAAAAAAACCCAACUUUUUCCUCCUUGCCGCUUCAGUUUCUGCUGAUCCUGUUUGAUGAUGAUAUAUAUUAUACACACACGUUAGGCUGUUUUAACUGUUGACUUUAACCUUUUAUUCUUUGUGACGAUGUGUUGAUGAUUUAUUGUGCUACAAACCCAUGCUAAGUUUCCUUUUCUCUUUCCUUCUUUUCCUAACCGUAGGAGAGUAGAGACAUUAACCGCUGCUGCAGUGCUGGCUUCUUAUUGACAUAUCCAGCAAUUGUAACUCUUUUGUUGUUGUUUGGGUUUGUUUGGUUUUUUUUUUUAAUAUUUUAAAACGAUGGAGCAAAUUCAUGGGAUUAAGCCAUGUCUGAAAUGAAAGGCACAAGAAUGUGUUAAAGGAAAACUUGCUGUAACAGAUCAGAUGAAGCCUGUGUUGACUGCAACGAGACGUGUUGAAUCGAUGCUCGUAAAACCUCCUGCAGGGCCAAACCACCAGCCCUGGAGGAUGCCUAGGACCUUCUGCACAUUAGCAAGGCAAAGACGGUUUAUUUAUUAACUUGCACAGCCAAAGCCCUGGGAUUUUACCUUUUUUUCAGCCAGGGCCUGAGGUCUGGAGGAAAGGCAGGAGGCUGCUUUCGCGGUGGAGUUGCAGGUUAACGCAGGCCGUGAGUUCCAAGGCAAAAGCAGGUCUGUGGUGUGCGUGUGUGUUGUUUUAACAGAGGCUGAUGUAUGGGUAACCGUAUCGUCAGGCUGAGCAAGUCUGGUGGGAGGCCAAGGUGGGGAAGAAGGGAAAAGCCACCUCUCACCCCGGGCGUGAGGCAGGGGUUAGCAGAAGGUCUGUGGAGGGCUGGGAGGGAGGCAGAGCUCUUGGCUGGGGCAGGGGAGGCAGGUUUCUAAUGCCAGGGAGUUGCAGCUCUGACUAGGAAGGAGAUUGACCUACUCUUUGAGGUGUGAGCUCCUCGUUUCAUGUUGCAAAUGACACUAAAGAAAUUAAAUGUAAAUAAAUGGAAAAAAAAAAAGUGUUCUUGGGUCGUCAAACUAAUUUAAAGCAAAAAAAAAAAAAAAGUGGAAUAACAAAACACUGGGAUCAAAGUGAACUGAACCAGGCCUGUGCUAAGGGGGGGCUGUUCAAGGAGGGGACAGAGGGAAGCCUGCAGCUUCUCAUGCUUGUGGGAAUAUUUCUUUGGGAAGCCGACAAUGACACGAUAACCCGGAAUCUGUAUUUACACACAAAGAUUCUUAUUGCACUUGUAUUUUUUAUAUUAAAGUUUGCAUGAUUUCUAAUAAAAUGGCAUUAAAAUGUACUAGUUUGCAUCAAAGUCGUCUGCUAGUUUCAUAAGUGCUUUUUCCUCUGAAUACAAAUUUAAAUAAGCAAUGCAGAUUUGCACCUGAAAGGGGCGGUUAUAUAUACCCUAGAAAACUCCCAGUGCUUCCCUUCCUCUUCUUCUCCCUCCUCCUCCUCCUCCCCACCUCUCCCAUCCCCUCUGUGCCACGUUCCCCUAAUCCCAAACCGGGGAAGGCGGCCGAGCCGGUCGCUCCCUGCCCUCGUGUUGUGCGUGCUGCUGCUGCGCGGCCUCGCGUUCACCGCUGCCGAGGCCAUCCCUGGAGGAGCCAGCACUAACCCCCCCGGGCCCUCUCGCUCUCCUCGUGUGUGGCCGGCUCUGCAGAGAGAAAAGCUGGAGAUGGGGAAGGGGUCGGAAACCUCAUUUCUCAAGAGAGCGGAGCUGUGUUGUGAUGCUUGAACCCCUCCAGCCCCGGUUCCGUGGCCUGUGAUGGUGCUGCCUCUGACCACCCGUUCACCUGCAUGCCGCCCUCCGGUAUAUAUCACUGCCCCUUCGCUGAUGCUUCCUUCUUUCUCUUACUGCUAAAUUCUAAACACCAGCUUGAUCUUGUCAGUCUUGGGUGGGUUGGUUGUUUUUAUUUCCAACACUUGAGGGCAAGUUUGGAGGAGAGGGACUGAGAGGAGAGCAGGCUGAUCCCUUCAGCAGGAGAAGGCAGGGGCUGUGCUUCCCGGAGCAGUAAUGUCGGAUCUGCUCCAGGCCAGGGCAGGCAGGGCUGCGCAGGCAGCUGCGGGAGGGCAGGCAGGCGCUGUUGAGAGGGUCCUGUGCCCGCAAGGUGUGCGCGGAGCCCUGCUUCCCUGCCUGCGAAAGGCAGAUGCUGGCUGGCGGCGGGCUGAAGCCGAUCUCCAGCCUCACUGGCUGGGCAGGGAAACUGGGAAGUUUGUUUGUGCUGGUGGGCAGCGGCAGGGGACCAGCUGGAGGUGUGGAUGGCAGAGUCCGGUGGUGUUUGUGGUUAACCAAAGAGGAGGUGGUAGCUGAAAUGUCGGGUUCCUCGUGCUGCUCUGCUCUGGGGGUGAGAUGCCCGGGCAGAGGGAGGCAGCCGGGUCCUGGUCUUGGUUCAGGUGUUGCAGGAGGAAGGCAAGUGGCAACAUUGCACUUUAUCUUCUGAGAUUGCAAAAAAAUAAAAAGGCAAGCAAACCCCUAAGACCCUGCAAAGGGACAGUAAUGCCACCUUCUCUCCCUGCAUUGCUUUUAUCUGAUUUAUUGACUGCUCGGCAGUCUUGGAUAAGGCUUUCAUGUCUGCAUACGGUUGCGGUGGCAUUCAGGCCUGUCUCUGAACAUGCACAAACCUUCCCAGACUCUCACACGGUUCAGCUUGAACACUAACCGACCGACCUGUGCUUCUGUGCCACUUUCUCUAACACUUGUUGUGCCUGUGUUUAGCUGACAAACUAAAUCCGGAUACACUAGUUUGGUGUGGUUUUUCUAGGACAGCUUCAGUUUUAAUACGGAGUUUUGUUUUUGGUUUUUUUUAUUUUAAGGAAACGGCUGUACAUAUUGCUAGCCUGGGAAGAGAGCCAUGUGUGGUGAAAAUGACUUUAGUUUCCUAUCUGGAGAGGUGGGAGUGAGCUGGUUAGUGCUGAGACCUUAAAUGAAGAUGACAGAGAAGCUGCUGGCUGGCUAAGCGCCCGCCCAGCUGGGCAGAGCAGGGGAAGGAGCUGCGUUCGCUGUUGGCUUGAUCUAGGGCUAGAGGUAGCACAUUCUCUUGGGAAAAAUGAGUUGUCUGAAUUAGAUGCAACUUGAAUGUACACGUUCCUGUCCCGAGAUGCCUCCCGUGGGUCCUGGCUUUCUCUGCAGCUGCCUUUGGCGUGACUCUGGGGGGAAGGCAGUGUGGUGGAGAGGGGUGGUCUGGGGUGGCCAGAGCAGCCUGGGGGCUUUGGUGAGCUGGGCACUGGCGGGCUUGGUCCCUGCUGGAUGGGGUGCAGAGGCAGCGUGGGCAACACUUGGGCUCCAGGUGUGCCGGAGCCUGCUCCUGCCUUGGGCAAGAUGCUCAGCAAAGAUCUUUCCUAAGCUCGUGGUCGGGGUGAGUGUUGAUUUGGAGGUGUCUGAGCUGCUGAAGUGAUGAGAAAGCCGUGCAGGCUGCGGGCAGGGGAUGCGGUGCAGCGGGAAGGGCUGGGUGGGAGCUCCUUUCUGGCAGGUGCUGGGGUCCCUCCCUGGCUGCCAGCAGUUGUGCUCUGGUAGAGCAGGUGGCUUCCCCAUGGCCCAGGGUGCUCAGCUGCUGUCCUGUCUGCUGGAGCCUGGUGUCUGUCUCCCUGCAUAUCAGUGGCAUAUACAGUUACUUCGGGGCUUUUUAUACUGUUAAACAAAAAGUACAGUCAAGUAACCAAUUUUGUGGGCUUGAGGCCACAGGAGCAGGAGGCCGGGAGCCGCGGCAGCUUUGCUGCUGUCCCCAGCGCGCGCCUCCCCUUGGGUCGGAGUCCUGACCGCAAACUGAAUGUAGUUUUCUAUGCUGACCCUCACUGUUGUCCCCCUGCAUAGUGUCGGUGUGUGAAUGGGGCUCUAGGACCCUCGUGUGUUUGUGUUGUUUAGGCAGAAUUUCUAGUUUUCUUGGAACAGGGCAGGAGCUUGACAUUGGCGACAUCUUUGGGGUGAUGGGGCUCCUGUGUCCUCCCUCUACGUGGAAGGAGGAGAUGGCCGAGCCUCUCCUGGGCCGGUCACGGCUGUUCAACGCUGCCCCUGCAAAAGGCCGAGUGGCCGUAGCUGUCGGGAGGUCAGCAGCCUCCAGGCUUGGGAGAAACGUCACCGAAAAGCCCUCCUCGCCUGGAGCAGCCUGCGGGUGGGGUGGAAAACUGCUACCGGAGGCAGCAGCGGAAAGCGUGCUCUGGCUCUCCUUCCUCCUCACCACUUGAAAUCCAGCUAGAGUAAGCCUUUGCCUUUCAAAUCUCCCUCACGCGAGUCUCGCUGGCCACCAGCUGGUGUCUAGAGUAAGAGAUCAGACACGAGACUCGCACCCGUUGUGAUCAUCCCACCCCAGCAUUCAGCAUUGCCUGCAGCUUCGAUUACCCCGUAACAUAGGUACAACGAGUAACGACAUAGUGGGGGAAAUGACCGUGUGGAGGGGUUGGACCGAGAGGACAGCGUGGCUGGAGACAAGGGCUCGGGGCGCAGGGCCCGGGAGGGCUGAUCCUGGCGCUCGGCCCCCUCUGUGGUCUCGGGAAGUCACUUAACCUCUCUGCCUCAGUUUCCCCAUCUACAAAGUGGGGAUGAUACUACUUACCUCACCGGGUUGUUGUGAGGAGUGAGCAGUGUGUAAAGUGUUCUCUAAAUGUGAUGUAUUAUUAUUAUUUUGUGUUAUAGGAUUAUUUCAGUGGCAGCACUGUCUCCUCUGUGCCGGUGGGUGCACCGCGCUGCCCGAGGAGGGGGUGCAGCUGGUGCCGGCUGCCAGGGCGAGUGACAUGGCUGUAGCUGUACCGUAGUGGGGUGGUGCUGAGGGGAGGGAGGCGAGGGCUGGCGGCAGGGGGGGUUAGUGCAUGGGUGUAAGGCCUGAGACAACAGCUCUGUGGGUGGGGGGGGCUGGGGCAGAGCCCCUCCUGCCUUGGAGUGAAUUCAUACCAGUUUGCUUCUGCCUUUCUGUCUCGCCCUCCUGCGAGGGGCUGUAAGACUGUCGUCUCCUUAGCAACAUUUCCUGACUUGAUGUUGUGAUUCUUACUAUUGUAAAGGGUUGAAAUAAAGCUUCUAGAUGUUC